AUGAGAUCAUCAAAUGUAGAAUUCAGCAAAGGAUCCUAUGAUCAUCACAACCAGAUUAAUCAGAAAACAAUUUUCUUGCCAAUGCUAUGCAAAGUUUCAAUCAAAGACAUAAAACUAAAUCACUACAAAAAUCAAUCUUCAUCAGCUGAUCCUUCUUCCCCCAAAGUCAGUUGCAUGGGCCAAGUCAAGAGAAACAACAGAGUCAUUAGCUUUCCCACCACCUACAGACUCACUGCCGCUGCCACCAGCGCCGCCGCAGUCAACCACCACCACCACCACAACAAGUACACCAAGUUGAAAAAACUGUUCUCCAGCAAAGCCCUCAUGCCAGCCACCACUAGCACCGCCACGAUAGCCACCAGUAGAAGAAGUUGUAGAAGCAGCAGGGAAAUGUGUGUAGUUGAUUCAAGAAAAUCCAAGAUUAAGGAUCAAGAAAGUGUUAAAGAAGUGAAUAUUGAUGAACUGGAUCCUCCCUUGCCGGUGGUGAAGAGGGUGCAGCAACCACAGGCUGCGGCGGCGGGUUUUGGUGGCCGUGAUGAGGUGAAUCUAUGGAAGAGAAGAUUUGGUGGGGCGACGAUAAAAAGUUUGCAGAUUGAACAGAUUCAAUUGCCUAACGACAAUGUUCUCCCCCCAACAACUGUAUAA